GAGGAUUGGGCUUUAAGAGAUUGUAAACGCAGCCCAAUUAUAAAAGGUUCCGUGCAAGAGAAUUGCCGAGCUUCUCCAAGAAGAGAAUUCCAGAUCGAUCAUCAACGAAAUCCAUGGGAGAAGGAGACAACCUGGUUCACAGUCGCGGCCAUUUCGUCGCUCCUCUCACCUUCUUCCUCGUUGUCCUCUUCCGGUUCCUAUCUAUGUGGCUCGACCAAGUGAAGAAGAAAGGAUCCAGUACCAGUAAUACGAGGGAAGAUGAGUUGCGAUCCGAAAUUAAGAUGCUCUUGAAAGAGGCCAGCUCUUUUUCCCAGCCAUCCACGUUCGCACAAGCGGCAAAACUUAGAAGGUUGGCAGCUGCCAAGGAAAGGGAACUUGCAAAAUUUCAGGAGCAAGAUAAGAAAGAAAUAAAUCAGUGUUACGAUCUGUACGGAAAGGUUCUGCUUGUUUCAAAGGUUGUGAUAUAUAUAUCCUUGGGGGUUUGGUUCUGGAGGACCCCAAUUGCCAUUGUCUCUAAACAGCUGGUGCAACCUUUUGGGUCGUUUCUAUCUCUGGGGACUGGAGGGCACCUGAACGGCCAUGUGAUGGUUGGAAUAGCACCUUGGCUGAUACUGUCAACAAGAGUUAGCAAAUACGUUUGCAGAGUCGUGGAGUUCUAAAUCAUUUGAUUCCAUGGGCGGAGAGAGAGGUCAUGUUACGAUGUCAGGAGAUCAAAACAGCUCUGAUGAUUUUUGUAUAUUCAAUUUUGAAAUGACCAGGCCACGUUUGACUGCAUUA